GACUUACGCUGUUACGCCUUUCCCCCUCGCCCUUCUCAGGAGGCGGAAGUAGCUUCCAAGUCUCUUCUCUUCUGUGGCCAUCUCUGGUGGCGCUAAGGUCAAAAUGAAGUUCAAUCCCUUUGUGACCUCUGACCGAAGCAAGAACCGCAAGAGGCAUUUCAAUGCCCCUUCCCACAUACGGAGGAAGAUUAUGUCUUCUCCUCUUUCUAAGGAGCUAAGACAGAAGUACAAUGUCCGUUCCAUGCCAAUUCGAAAAGAUGAUGAAGUCCAGGUCGUUCGAGGACACUACAAAGGUCAGCAGAUUGGCAAAGUGGUCCAAGUUUAUAGAAAGAAAUAUGUGAUCUACAUUGAGCGUGUGCAACGGGAGAAGGCUAAUGGUACAACUGUCCAUGUGGGCAUUCACCCCAGCAAGGUGGUUAUCACAAGGCUAAAACUGGACAAAGAUCGAAAAAAGAUCCUUGAACGAAAAGCCAAAUCUCGCCAAGUAGGAAAGGAAAAGGGCAAAUAUAAGGAAGAAACUAUUGAAAAAAUGCAAGAGUAAAAAUUACAUAACUAAUUAAAUUGUUAGAAUAAACAAA